CCGCCGCACUCUCCGCGGACACCGAGGGGAGCGGAUCCUCGCCGGCCGCGGGGAGCGGAGCCCGAGGGGAGCGCUGCCGCAGCCCCGGCGCCAUUGCCGCCCUCAGCCCGCGAUGGCAGUUCCAGGAACCAACGACACCCUGAUGUCCCAGCUGGAUCACUGAGAGCUCUGGUGACUCCAGGCGGUGCUGCUGCUUUUCAGAGAAGGAAUUGUCCUCAGUCCUUGGCCUCUCAUCCCAGCAGCAUCCCUUGGGGUGCUGCAUGCAAGUCCUGGACGUUCUGGAAACCAUGGGGAUCGGCAAAAACACCACCUCGAAGUCGGUGGAGGCGGGAGGCUCCUCGGAGGGCAAAUACGAGGAUGAAUCCAAACAUCCCACCUUCUUCACCCUGCCUGUGGUGAUAAACGGUGGAGCGACGUCCAGCGGUGACCAGGACACGGAAGACACGGAGCUGAUGGCCAUCUACACCACGGAAAAUGGCAUAGCAGAGAAGAGCUCCCUGGCAGAGACCCUGGACAGCAGUGGCAGUUUGGAGGCCCAGAGGACAGACAUGAUUUACACCAUUGAAGAUGUUCCUCCCUGGUACCUCUGCAUAUUUUUGGGCUUACAGCACUACCUGACGUGUUUCAGCGGGACGAUCGCCGUGCCCUUCCUGCUGGCCGAUGCCAUGUGCGUGGGCUUUGACCAGUGGGCCACCAGCCAGCUGAUUGGGACCAUUUUCUUCUGUGUGGGCAUCACCACGUUGUUACAAACCACCUUUGGCUGCAGGUUACCCCUCUUCCAGGCCAGUGCUUUUGCAUUCUUAGCACCUGCCCGAGCAAUACUCUCCCUGGAGAAGUGGAAGUGUAAUAAUACAGAUGUAACAGUUACAAACGGGACAGCAGAGCUGCUGCACACUGAGCACAUCUGGUACCCCCGGAUCCGAGAGAUCCAAGGUGCCAUCAUCAUGUCCUCCCUGAUCGAGGUGGUGAUCGGACUGCUCGGCCUGCCCGGCGCCCUCCUGCGCUACAUCGGCCCCCUGACCAUCACCCCCACCGUGGCCCUCAUCGGCCUCUCCGGCUUCCAGGCUGCUGGGGAGAGAGCUGGGAAGCACUGGGGCAUUGCCAUGCUGACUAUUUUCCUGGUGUUGUUGUUCUCUCAGUAUGCCAGGAACGUCAAAUUCCCCUUACCCAUUUACAAAUCCAAGAAAGGAUGGACAGCAUACAGGCUGCAGCUUUUCAAGAUGUUCCCUAUCAUCCUGGCCAUUCUGGUGUCGUGGCUGCUGUGCUUCAUCUUCACGGUGACCGACGUGUUCCCCCCGGACAACUCCAAGUACGGGUUCUACGCGCGCACCGACGCUCGCCGGGGGGUGCUGCUCGUGGCCCCCUGGUUCAAGGUCCCCUAUCCCUUUCAGUGGGGGCUGCCCACCAUCUCUGCCGCCGGGGUGAUCGGGAUGCUCAGCGCCGUCGUCGCCAGCAUCAUCGAGUCCAUUGGCGACUACUACGCCUGUGCCCGGCUGUCCUGUGCUCCUCCUCCACCCAUCCACGCAAUAAACAGGGGGAUUUUUAUCGAGGGUCUCUCCUGUGUUCUGGAUGGGGUAUUUGGGACAGGGAAUGGAUCCACCUCUUCCAGCCCUAACAUUGGUGUCUUGGGCAUCACAAAGGUUGGGAGUCGCAGGGUGAUCCAGUAUGGAGCUGCCUUCAUGCUGCUCCUCGGGAUGGUGGGGAAGUUCAGUGCCCUCUUUGCCUCCCUGCCUGACCCCGUGCUGGGGGCUCUCUUCUGCACCCUCUUUGGAAUGAUUACAGCUGUGGGUCUGUCAAACCUCCAGUUCAUUGAUUUAAAUUCCUCUCGGAAUCUUUUUGUCCUCGGAUUUUCCAUUUUCUUCGGGCUUGUCCUCCCCAGUUAUCUCAAACAGAACCCCCUGGUCACAGGAAUAGCAGGGAUUGAUCAGGUGCUGAACGUCCUUCUCACCACGGCCAUGUUCGUCGGGGGCUGCGUCGCCUUUAUCUUGGACAACACCAUUCCAGGAAGCCCCGAGGAGAGGGGGAUCCGGAAAUGGAAGAAAGGCGUGGGGAAAGGAAGCAAAUCCCUGGAUGGCAUGGAAACGUAUGAUUUGCCUUUUGGCAUGAACUUCAUUAAAAAAUACAGGUGUUUCAGCUUCCUGCCCAUCAGCCCCACCUUCAUGGGAUACACGUGGAAAGGCUUCAGGAAAAGCAGUAACUGCAGGAGUUCAGAUGAAGACUCAGAAGCUACAGUAUAGCCUUAGCUGAAAUUAUAUUAUCUAGUUGUAGUAAAAGAUGUAUUUGCAGUUUCUUGCUGAUUAAGAAGCAUUAAAAUAUAUGUUUUGUAUAUCUGCAUUUAAAUUCUGGAACCAGAGCUGAGACAGAUUUAAAAAAAAAAAAAAAAAAAAAAAAAAAAAAAAA